AAAAAACAAUACUUGGAUCAGGCGACGCGUUUCAUGUGUCUAAAAUGUUUUAAAAUCAAUUAGUUCUAUGAGAUAUAUGUAACAAUUACUAAAAUGUCGGCUAACGAACAGCCGGAUCUGUUGUUUUUCGAUACAUUCUCCCAUGACACCAGUGAGGAACUUAAUUUGGAUUUGGUACAGUUCCCGAAGUCAGUUUAUGUCAGAGAAAUUCGUAUCAUUCCUUUGGGAGCACGAGUGGAAGGGGAUUUUCCUGGAGGAGUGCGUCUUGGAGCAACAAACCCUACAAAGUUUCACAUCGACUUCUUUGUAAAUGACCUCAGUAAGCCUGGUGCAUCCACGUUCGAGGCUCUGGGCAGCUUAGACUACUGCCAGAAUGGACAGAUACACAUGGAGUGUGGGAGUGGACUGGACCAGCCGAGGAUCCCAACUGAUGGACUUGUGCUUAGAGGAUGGUACACAACAAUCACUUUGGCCGUCUAUGGUAACCUGACCCAAGUGCUACCUGAAACUCCAGUGGGUGCUAAUCCCCCUCCAGUAGUGCAGAGACCUGUCGUGACCCGGGAGGUGCCACCAGCUCCUGCGCCAGCUGUCCCACCUAACCCUGAGUGGAACCAAGAGCCCUCAGUCCCAAUACCGGCCUACACUGGUAAUGUGGCUUCUGCUAACCCAGAUGUAUAUGGUCCUAACAACUACCCAGAGAACUAUGAGGGACAGAUGUACAGAGGAGAUUACUAUGAGGCUGAACAACCAAAAGAUCCAAGGACUUACCAGCACAUGGAGGAGAAUACCUGGGAGAAGAGAGACCUCAGCUGUGAAAGGGAGCCUGACAGGAUGCGGCAUAGCCCGCGCUCUAUCGAUCACGACCGAGAUAGAAGAGAUGCGCGCAGUCGGAGACGUUCUCUCGAUAGAGGAAGAAGCCGCGAGUCCUCUAGACUUCGUGAUAGAAGUAGGGAGAUCGAUAGGAUGGAUAGACUUCGAUCUCGAUCCAGGAGUCGCGAUAGAGAUUAUGUAGUGAAAGGAGAAUAUCGGCCUCUGAGCCGAUCACGAUCCCGUAGCAUCGACAGACUACGAGGAAUGUCUACCGACCGCGACCAUGACCGGGACUGGGACAGGGGCGCUUACAAGAAAGAUGAAUACCGCCGACACCGCGAGCCGUCCUACGAUAGAUCUCGUGGCGGAUCCUACGAUAAAGAUGCCGGUUCCUAUGACCGUCGCUCUCCAUACGACAAGAGAGCUCCAUCGUAUGAGAGGAAAAUUCCUUAUGAGAAGCGGUUGUCUCCGUAUGAAAAACGGGCCUCGUCGUAUGAGCGAAGGGCUCCUUCAUACGAGAAACAAUCUUCUUAUGACAGGAAGCGUCACUCUCCCUAUAGUCGCAUCAGAGGGUCGAGUUACAGUAGCCGUUCCCCAAGCCGAGAUGAUCCUCGAAAGCGACCAAGAACUCCGCCAGGAGAGAGUAGCAGGAGACCUUUGUCUCCAAGAGAGGUGGAUGCUACAAGCCCCAUCAACUCCAUACGUUCAGAAGAAGGUGCUGACUACGACAGAAGUGGAAAACAAAUUCCAAGGGUGGACUUCUAUCACCAGAGUUAUCGACACAAACCUUCUAUCCGAAGUCCCUCUCAAGAAGCAGAAAAUGCGGUCUAUGCAGAACAACAACAUAGCAGCUUGGUCACUGUACAAAUAGUUGACAACGCUUCCACGAAGCCCAGGGAAUCACCGAACCGCAAUGUCGACGAAGACAGAUCUAUGGAUGCAGAACAGUUUGAGCCCAUUUUAUCAGACGAAGAUAUUUGCGAUGAUCUGGAGGGUCCCUCUUACAUGGAAGUUGAUUAUGACGUGAAUGAUUACUGCGGCGUAGAUGACAUCAUCAAAUAUUACAAUCCUUUCAAAUGUGAGUGGAAUAAGUAUGAGUACGUUAAUAAGAUACAUUUGUUAGGACCCAAUAAAGAGGGUGCCAAGGAUGUGUUGACUGCGACAUUUGAUGAGCUGUGUGAUGCUAGUCCAGAAUUAUUUAAGAUCUCUGAAUUAGCAAAAUCUAAUAAGAAGUUAGACCAAAUAUAUUUCGCGAACACAUUUCUUGAAAUUGACAACACAGCGAGAGAGGAGUGGGUGCAUCAGUGUGAACAACUUUUCGUUUCAAUUACUACACUUUUUAAAAAUACAGACAUUGUCCUAAGAAUCUUUAAGAAUCCAAAUCGUAAUGAUUCCUCGGAUGAAUUUACUGAGAUAUAUCAACUGCUGGUAUCUUUCUGUAAGAUUGGACUGACAUUUGACUUCGCUCUGGCACAACAACAGCCGACCUACAAGAUACGCCACAUGAAGUGCGGCAUACGGCUCGCUGAGGCUCUGAUGGGCCACAGACACAAUGGAGAUGUGAUGAAACUACUGCUCUCCUCUGGCGUGGACAUGCCUAUGUUGCUGCUGGAUAUGUAUUCCAGGGAAUAUAUGGCCUUGAGUAUUCGUCUCAUGAUUUUGAAAGCAUUGAACGCUUGUCUCUCUUCGAAGGAGUCCAUAGAUCAUUUCAUGAAGGAAACUAUUUUCCCUAAGUUUGAUAAAAGUGAUGACAGAAAACCGAGAAAUGGUUAUCAAGCCUUAAUAAAGAUGAUGCAAACUAAUCCUCUAGCCAGGCUGAAGUUCUCCAUCAGCGCUUUGAUAAAAAAACUGAACAUUUACGAACUAUUACACAAACUACGGAAUUUGGUAAUAGACUUCAGUAAAUCAGGAGAUGAUUGUGAGCUCUCCGAGGCUGACUCGCAUUUCAUAGUGAACUCUUUCGAGGAGAUAUUGCAUAUGUAUCGGUCGCAGUGCUUCCACUUGUCACAGCCAAAGCGUUUCCUUCCCGUGUCCGCUCAGUUCGAGAUCAGUAAAGAAUGCUCUAAUGAAACCUUACUAGAGUUCUUCAAUAUCCAUCAGAUUCUAGAAGUUUGUUUGUAUCUAUUAACAUGUCCCGGGACAUGUAAUAAUCUGGUCGUAGUAAGUCCCAUCCAUGAUUUGAUCUACGAACUAAUUAAUUCUCAAAAUGGAUUGAACUUCCUUUACAACAACAUAGAGAUGAGUGGACUGCUGUUCAAGACACUGACUCUUCCGUACAGUCAACAGAAUACUGAGGACUUUGUCUACCCUCACGACCUGAGCAAUUAUAGCGACCUACAAAUAUUGGGUUUGGAACUUGCUUACAGAUUAAAGGCUUUAUAUUACUUGCAAUCAAUAUGCGACCAGCAAGCAGGGAAGGCGGAUGAAAACGAACUGAUCGAUCGGCUGCAAUCUCUUUACUGUCUCAGUUUCGGUAGCAUCGGCAGGACUGCUGUGCCGGACGUCAUAGUUAUGGGUGAUAAUGCUGAAUGCCUGAUGGAGGUGUUCGAGAACGAUUUGAAAUCCAAGACUAAAAAUGAAUCUCCUUUAAAACAAAAAUCUCCAGCAAAGGGAUAUGCCAUCGAGUUGAUCGUCUCUGCAGUGAGGUUCGCUGCCAAUGUGCCAUUCUUGAAGAAAUAUGGACAAAGACUCAUUAAUGUAUCCAAGGAACACGAUAGAUUCGAGCCAAGCGUGUCGAGCGUACUGCAGGAAGUUACUCCCUAUCUGAAGCCUGUUGAAAAUCCAACAGUUUUGUCUGGGGAAGACAUGACAGAGUGCGUGGAAAUACUAAAGGCGACCUUAGAACACGCUCCUGACCUGCCAGGAGAGCUGAUGACAUGUUUGAGAAUCUUGCGGCACUAUUGUAUAUCGGAUUACGAAAACAAUGUGACAAUUGCUUGCGAGUCCGCAACAGAGGAAUAUGUAGAGCUCAAAUACAAGUAUAACGUGCUGCAACUGUUCUCCCUGGACGGCGUGGCUCACCUGGCCGGAGUCCUGGACCGAUUGGCUACACAUUUCGACCAACCCAGUAUGCACACUUCAUUUUUCGCCUCGGUGAAAGGUCUGCAGCUUGCACAGAUAUUGCUGCCGUGUCUUCGACUACUAGACUCAAUGUUAUCUAGAGUAGUUCGCUGCCGAGGACCAAGAUUCCGUGACUUGACUGCAGCUCCUGUUCUAUUGAAAACAUACGGAAUAGCGAAGGCAUACCCAGUAGGGUCGGUGGGGUACAGAACCGCUGCCAAAGCUGCGGAGGCUUCAGUGAGAUCAUUACUAGCUUACGCUCAACCGAUAGCUGAUGACGCUAACGACGGUGACUCCAUCCGCAGAGGUCCUUGGACUUCUCUCUGUUCCGAAGUGAUCUCAUACAUCACGACAGCUCCGUACACGUUCGUACCAGGCCUGCUAGUCUUCUCUGAACUUCUUCCACUACCACUGCCAAUGCAAACUAAGACGCCGCCUACAGACCGGGAAUUAGCAGAUGCAUCUAACGAGAGACGACUAUGGUCAGCCCAUCUCCACGCACUAUCCAACGACUUGACGGAUAUGAUACAGAUAAUCUGCAUGUCGACCUACCGGCCAGUGGUGCACAUGCUGCGCAGAGUGUGUGUGCAAAUAGCUGACCUCGCCCCUAACACCGCGGCCACGGUCGCUCGGGCAGCUGUUGGCGCCGUGAUGCGGGAACUGAAGCCGGCAGAGCCAGCCACCGCCAGUGUGGCGCGAGUGCUGGGCUUUCUAGCGUGCCUAGUGUCGCACGCACCGGUCAAGUGCGCGGUACUGCAUGCUAUGAACGGUGGCAGCCCCCGGGCGACCGACGUCCAGACCGCGCUGUGCUCGGUGCUGGGACUGGCCAACGCCAGCCACGAACACGCGGCGGCACAAGAGUACGCGGCGCACGCACUGGCCGCCUUCUGUGAUGCUGAGAUUACACUUACCCCCGUAGGUGGUACGACAGACAUCAUUUUAUCAAACUCUUUGCCGAACAAAGACGCCUUAGUCGCAUUUUUAGACUCUACGGCCGACUGCCUCGAGUCCACUACGAAGACCUGCUCUGUAGCGUCGUCUAUACUCCGAACGUACUUCGUGCUUACGGAACAUGAGUAUGGGUUCCAACAGUUCAGGAAAUUCGUAUCCAAGAGGAGAGAAAGUCUCGGAAAGUUCUUCAAAUGGGCCUUAGAAGGCCAGGGAGAAGAUAAAGCAGAGUGUUUGAGUUUGUAUAUAGAUCUCAUCAGGAUCCUAAAGAUGGAAGAAGGCGAAGGGUCAGUGGGUCGGAAGACAAUGCUCACAGUGGGUGAGAUGGCUGACAUGGUGGGGUACUCACCUUCUGACGAGGAGCAUCCUGUUCUCAAAUUGGAUAUAAUUUUUAGACCAAGAGAACAACACAGCAAUUUUAAUCACCGUUUUCAGGAAAGAAACUCUGACGAAGAUGCCCUAGCGAAUGCGGGCUUCCUCGCCAGUCACCUGCAGAAGCUGAAAACUUUGGAGGAGCCGGGCACUCCUCCCGAGGUGCAGGAGAUGGUGCUACCAGCGCCAGAGAGUCUGGUGGCACAGUUCCAGGCGCGGACCAUCUACUCCCUCGGGGACGCCAGCGACGAGAGGCUCACCUCCAGCUACUGGCUCAACGUGCCCGCCGCCGGGGGCGAAGACGACGUCAAUGAUAGCGAGCUGGUACCGUGUGACGUGGUGUCGCUGGCGUCGCAGCUGGUGGCGGGGGGCGGGGAGGCGCUGUGCAGCGCGGUGCGGCGCCUGGCGGGCUGCGCGGCGCUGGGCGCGGCGGCCGGGCCCGGCGGGGGCGGGGCAGCCGGGGCCGACGCCGCGCCGCGGGACGACAAGCGGCCGCCGGUGGCGCUGUCGCGGGUACGCGCGGAGGGGGGCGCGGACGCGUUCCGGUCGCGUCCGCCAAACACGUCGCGCCCCCCCUCGCUGCACGUCGACGACUUCACCGCCCUUCACCAGCCCUACACCGCCACGCAGCUCACCAGAGGUAUGCGGCGAGGCAUUGCUGUGGCAGACCGCGGUCGGUUUGCUUCGGCCGCUCCCAUGCACGCCCAUCACCGACACCUUCGCGGACGCGGUGCCUGGGAGAUGGGAGCCUCACACUUUGGACACUUCCCGCCUGCUUCGCAGUAUAUGAUGGGUGGCAUGGGCUGGGGCGGCGCAGGGCGCAUGUCUCGAGGUCCGCGGCACCGCUCCUUCAUGCGAUGACCUCACGCCCUCACCAGGGUGCCGCUGCACUCAUCCCUGGCGUGAUGCACCCACACAUACUGCGCAUAUACAGAGCUACCAAUCUCUUAAUUACCAUAUACUUUACCCUACAAUUGGACAUGAUUACGAAGCAACUCCUCAUCAAUAUAAAAAUGCUAUCCUCAUGUGACUUAUUCCACAGUAUUCACUCGAGGGUAUCAACUUUUAACCACUAAAGUAAAAAUUAACCUUAGACCGUGGUAAAUUCAUUCCCAAGCGGACGAAAGGAAAACUUGUGUCGACUCUAUUCACCUAUCCUACGUCGCUUGGGUGAAAUAAUUCAUUAAGUGGAAACUUAAUGUGUCUUGAACUUUUACACCUAAAUGAAUGAAAUGUAUAACAAUCGUGUUCGUGAAGGACUGAUGGCAGUCGUUUCACAAAAGAUAUUGACUUGUUUGGAUAAUCGAAGCCUCUCAUUGUUGCAUUUUUAUUGAUUAAACAUCAUAAUUGUAAAUAAUACCCCUGCUAAGUGUUACAACUGAAUAUUUAAAAGAAAAUAGACACGUUUGUCAGUAAGUUUUAGUUUACUCGCACAUUUAGUGCUCAAUGUAUGUAGUUGUCAAAUAAAAACUGUAUAUCAUA